UAGGUCCCUCUCACGCAUUUAUAAGUAUACCCAGUUUCAUCUUCUUUAUCCCCAACUAACUGCACUUUGUAUAAUCCUAAAAUGGCUAAUCCAGACGAACUCGGUCUCAUUCAGAUGAAGGAACAAAUUCAGAUGCUCGGAUCUUCCACUGAGAAAUAUGGAGAUCCAACACUAGAGAGGUUCUUGAUAGCAAAAUCAAAGGAUCCAAAGAAAGCUGCAAAGAUGUUUGUAGAAUGGCAACAAUGGAGGAAAUCUUUUGUUCCACUAGGCUUCAUCCCUGAUUCUGAAGUUCUUCCACAACUGGAAUGUAAAAAUAUCUUUAUUCUUAAAGGUUUAUCUAAAACUGGGCAUGCUGUAUUGAUGGUUGAUUCUGGCAAACAUUCUCCUGUUAAAGAUCAGAACCAAUUCAAGAAAUUUGCUGUUCAUAUUUAUGACAAAGGAAUUGCAAGUGGAAUAAAAGGCAAAGAAAUUGGAAAUGAGAAGUUCAUUGAGAUCAUGGAUUUAAAAACACUAAGCUAUAAAAACGUUGACACUCGCGCUUUUAUAUCUGGAAUUCAGAUUUUGCAGAAUUACUAUCCGGAGCGAUUAGCAAAAUUAUACUUGAUAAAUAUUCCAUGGUUUUUCAAGAGUGUUUGGAAAUUGAUUACUCCUUUCAUAGAGAAAGAAUUAUUAAACAAGAUCAUGAUGGUAAGCAAUGAAAAAGAAAAAAAACAAUUUAUCGAAGAAGUUGGCAUUGAGGUGCUACCCAUGGAACUUGGUGGAAACGCAAAGCUUGUACCGAUUCAAGAUGUCCAAGUACCUCAACUAGAAUGUUAAGUUGAUGAUCUAGCUAAAUGGUCAUCUACCACUUGCUUAAACUUGUAUUAUGUUAUAUCUACUAUGUUAUGGUUCACCAUUCAAAAUAAGAUUGCAAUGUUGGCUUAAUUUGUACUCCUACGCAAAUUAGAAUUGCAAGAAAUGGACUUUCGUUUUAUGUA